GCAGAGAUAAUGGGAAGGCCCAUGAUUUCAUAGGAUCUAUGAAAGCAUCAGCCUAUGAAAUGAAAGGUCCUCCCUCCCCGAUGGAAGAGUGUUCAUGACUCUUUAGACAUGAGUGAUGACAUAUUUCAGUUCCUGGAAUCAUGUUGGGUGUCAGCAAUGUUCAUCCUGCUUCCCCAGCCACAUUGCCAACCAACCAUUUAGAAGCCAGCUCUUCCCACUACCUCAACCCUGCCCAGCCCCUCUCUCCUCUGAGGGGCACCAUAGAACUGGGCAGAAUCCUCGAGCCUGGGUACUUGGGCAGCAGAGGCCAGUGGGACAUGAUGAGGCCUCAGAAAGGAAGCAUAUCUGGGGACCUAUCUUCAGGCUCCUCCCUGUACCAGCUUAACUCCAAACCCACAGGGACUGACCUGCUAGAGGAGCACCUCGGUGAAAUCCGGAGCCUGCGCCAGCGCCUGGAGGAGUCCAUCUGCAUUAACGAGCGCCUGCGGGAGCAGCUGGAACACAGGCUCAGCUCCACGGCCCGCGGAAGCGGACCCACCUCUAACUUCUACAGUCCAGGCCUGGAGUCCACACCUCAGCUCUGCAAUGAGAACAGAGUCCGUAGGGAAGAAAACCAGAAGCUUCAGACUCAGCUCAGUAAUGCUUCCAGAGCUGCAACACCAAAGAAAGAGCCCAAAGACAGUGACAGAAACAACAACGUUCAAAGGAUACAGAAUCUUACAAGUCCUAAACAAAGGGUCCUGGAGCGACGCUCCACAGUGUUCGGUAAACAGCAGGCAGAACAAGGCAGCAAUCUUCACUACUCGGGGGGAGAGUGCAUGAAAAGGGAGCUUCUGGAACUGAGAACCAAACUGUCCAAACAGGAGAGUCUCCUUCGGAGCACAGCUGAGCAUCUGAAGGCCGCCAACCAACAGAAGGAGAGCAUGGAACAGUUUAUCUUCAGCCAGUGUGGGUGCCCCCAGCCCGGGAAUGGGACAGGAAAUGGGGGUCCUUCUGGGUCGCCACCUGUGCUGUGA